ACGCCGUCCCACGUGUCCUUGCCUCUCCCCUCUCAUCCAUGCCUCGCACACCACAGCGGAGUGGUGGAGUGUACCAUCUGGGCUGGGGAGGGGAAGGAGCAGAGGGGAUGAGCGGCGGCGGCGGCGGCGGCGGCGGAGUGCUGGGCGCCGGCUCGUCGUACCAGAGCUUCGUCCGCACCGCGCUGGAACAGACCCGCCUCCGCACCGCCCUCACGCCCCACCCCUCGCAGGAAAAGUUCAGGCUCAUACGAGCCAACGACGAUGCUGCUGUUUUGGACGCUCUCUCAUUCAGCGCCCCCAAGAUCAGACUGCUUCGCAGCUUGACGGUUGAGAAGAAAAACUCGGUUCAGGUUCUUGACUUUGCUGCUUUCUCUGAACCUGAAUAUGAUCUUCCUAUAUUUUGCGCCAACGCUUUUACGACUCCUGCACAGAGUAUCGUUGUCUUGGACCUCAAUCCGCUAUACGAUAUAACUGAAGACAAGGAUUACAAAGAUAAAUACUACAGGAAUUUGAUGCCUCUUAUACACAAGUAUAGUGAGGUGCUUGGAUCUUAUCCUUCACCCCAAAUAUAUUACCCCAGUCUUCUUCUAUUAGCUUUAUACAUAGAGUGCUAUCUUUAUUUAGAGAAAAUGCAGCUUCUGCCAUGGGGUGGCAAGAUUACGAGCGAAUCUCUGAGAUUCUUCUCUCCAAUCGUGAUCUGGACUAUAUUUGAGCCCACUGAACGUAACCAUCAUGUUCUGUAUUCAGCUUUGAUGGAUUACUAUAAGGUUUGGCUUCAGUUAACGGAUCAAGCAACUGAAGAAAAUGACACAACGAAAGUUGUUCGUAACAGAGAAGCGCAACAUAGAUAUCUCACAUGGAGGGCUGAAAAGGAUCCUGGGUUUCCACUUCUGAAGAAGUUGAUUGGUGAAAGCCAUGCCAAGGAUUUGGUGACUGAGUUCCUGUUCGAAGGAGUGCAUUCUCUUGGAACUAAAUCUUUCCUGGACUAUUUUCGCGAGUACGCAUGUGACGACGGGACAGUAAACAAGAAGAGGAGUAUGAUCGGGAAAUCUUUCGAAGAUAGGCCUUGGGAUGCUACGGGAGAAUUCAUUGGUGGCAAGGAUGCAGGAUGAGAUCUUUUGAUGCAGGAUGAUAUCUUUUGCAGUAGGAUCCACAUGGGCAUUCUUAGGGUUUUGCUGAGCUCCUAGCGAUUCACGGCGCUCUUGCUUCUCAGGUUUCAUUUUAACGUUCUUCGUUACACGCUGUCCGGGCUAAUUUGCAUCCAUGUAAUUUCAUCUGAGUUCUCUGUGUAGCUUAGAAAACAUGUGUAAUAUUUGAUUGACCCUGAUAAGUUUUUAUGGCAAGUUUAGCGA